AUGGCAACGACGACCAUCGCCGCCGGUCUCGGCAUCGCCGGGGCCGCAUUCCUUGGGCGCGCCGGCCUCGUUGCCUUCCGCCGCUGGCGCAAUCCUGACGCCUUCAACGCCCUGGGCAAAGCCUUUUACAAGGGUGGAUUCGAAUCGAAGAUGACGAACAAGGAGGCCGCGCUGAUAUUGGAGAUCAAUGAACGGACAAUGACGAGGGACAAACUGCGGAAAAGGCAUCGUGAAGUGAUGCUUUUAAACCACCCCGACCGAGGAGGCAGUCCGUACCUGGCUAGCAAAAUCAACGAAGCCAAAGAGUUGUUGGAUAGAGGUGGAUGA